CCCAUCCAUGGUUUCCCCGUCGCCUUUCUCCUUCGCACAUCGCCCCGUCCCUCCGCCGCCCCCAACCGGGUUCGCCUCCAAUCACAGCGCCGCUUCCUCCUCCCAUCCCGCGCGAGCAAGAUCCCGAUCCGGCCGUGGGAGAGUAUGCGGCAACCUCUCCGAUCCCCUCGCAGCUCCUUAGCCUCUAACCAAUUCUAAUCUUCUCCACCCACGACGAUUCCGUCACCGGCGUUUCAAACCAUGGCGGAGGAGCCCGCCGCCGCCGGUGCGGCGCACGAGUACCCCACCAUCGACCCCUCGUUCGACGUGGUGCUCUGUGGCACGGGGCUCCCGGAGUCCGUCCUCGCCGCCGCCUGCGCCGCCGCCGGGAAGACGGUCCUCCACGUCGACCCCAACCCGUUCUACGGCUCCCACUACACCUCCAUCCCGCUCCUCUCCCUCGCCUCCUUCCUCUCCCCUGACCCUUCCCCGUCCUCCUCGACCGUGGCCGCGGCAGCUACCUCUGGUUCGCACACCGUCGUCGAUCUCCACCGCCGCACUGUGUACUCGGAGGUCGAGACCUCGGGAGCCAUCCCCGAGCUGGCGAGGCGGUUCACCGUCGACCUCGUGGGGCCCCGGGUGCUGUACUGCGCCGACGAGGCCGUGGACCUCCUACUGCGCUCGGGGGGCAGCCACCAUGUGGAGUUCAAGAGCGUGGACGGGGGAAGCCUCCUCUACUGGGAAGGCUGCCUCUACCCUGUGCCAGGCUCGAGGGGUGCCAUCUUCAGCGACACCACACUCAAGCACACGGAGAAGUUCGUCGCCUACAAGUUCUUGAAGGUUGUCCAGGAGCACAUUGCUGCCACAUCAGCUUCUGCUGAUGAGAGGGGAGAGGAGGAGGAUGCUGCCAUGAUAUCUGAGGAGGACCUGUACCGCCCCUUUGUUGAGUUCCUCAACCAACAUAGUCUUUCUGCCAAGAUGAGAGCGGUUGUGCUGUAUGCAAUUGCCAUGGCAGAUUAUGAUCAAGAUGGUCCUGAGCCUUCUGAUAAAUUAAUUACGACGAGGGAGGGAAUCAAGACCAUUGCUCUGUACUUGUCAUCAAUUGGGAGAUUUGCUAAUGCAGAGGGUGCUUUCAUUUAUCCUAUGUAUGGGCAUGGUGAGCUGCCUCAAGCUUUCUGUCGCUGUGCUGCGGUUAAGGGUGCCCUAUAUGUGUUGCGGAUGCCAGUGGCUGCGCUUCUUAUGGAUGAGGAAAAGAAGCAUUUUGUAGGUGCCAGAUUGGCAUCUGGUCAGGAUAUUUCUUGCAAACGGUUGAUAAUUGAUCCUUCAUACAAAAUUCCUACCUUGGAUGUUCCAUCUGAUGAUUCAAAUUCAAAUUUUCCAAGAAGUGUUGCGAGGGGAAUAUGCAUAUUUAGCAAGUCUUUGAAACAGGGUACAUCAAAUGUUCUGGUUGUUUUCCCUCCAAAGUCGCUAGAAGAGAAGCAGGUUGCAGCUGUUCGGCUUCUUCAAUUGAGCAGCAAUCUCGCAGUAUGCCCUUCUGGAAUGUUUAUGGCAUAUCUGUCUACUCCCUGUACUGAUGCCUCCGCCGGAAAGCAUUGCAUCAAAAAAGCAAUAGAUGCUCUUUUCAGUCCACAGCCACAGGAUUCAGAUGGCUUCGAAGGCCACCUUGAGUCAACCAGUGAAAGCACCGAUGAUAUGAAGCCAACACUAAUCUGGAGCUGUGUGUAUGUUCAAGAGAUCACACAGGGAACAUCAACAUCUGGUUCUUCAUGGUCAUGCCCCAUGCCUGAUGAAAACCUGGAUUACAGGAACAUACUUGAAUCGACAAAAAAGUUAUUCGCAGAUAUCUAUCCUGAUGAAGAAUUCUUGCCUAGAAAUUCAGCUCCUGUACAUGGCGAUGAUGACUCUGAUUCCGCGGAGUAAAACCAUCUUUCUAGAGGAGAACAUUAUCGCGGAAUGAAGGCAUGGACGUAUAUGGUUCGCCAAUUUAAGUCGGUUGCACUAGCGUGGGGGAGAAAAUGGAUAUUCUAUAGACUUUUUAUUUCCCCUUGAGAUAGUUAAACUGCUUACCUGAUACGUUCGUGGUGCGAUGUGAAUACUUUGGAAUAAACAAACCUGAUGUGAUUUUAUUUAGUAUCUGCAUCGUCUUAAACUAUACAAAGCAUUAUCAAGAUCAUGUUAGCAGCAACUCCCUGCUGGUUGCUGGUAUUUGC